GUUCGGAAUCCGCGCGCCACAGUCGCCGCAGUUCCCUCCACACUGGUGGCCCCACGACCCUGCGGGGAGUACGGGGGUCGGCGGGCCGCUCGGACUAGGCGCGGGGCCAGCCCCGCCUGUGCCCCCCUCGGUGGGGCCUGGACGGUCGCGGCAGCGGCGGGGACAUGGAGCCCUCUCCGGCGGCAGGGGGCUCGGAGACCACUCGCCUGGUGAGCCCCCGGGACCGUGGCGGCGCGGGCGGCGGCCUACGCUUGAAGAGUCUCUUCACAGAACCCUCAGAGCCCCUCCCCGAGGAGCCGAAAGCUGUGGAGAUGGCCUUCCACCACUGCCACAGGGACCCCGGGCCGCCGCCGGGCCUCACCUCGGAGAGGCUGCAGGCGCGGAGGCAGCUGUACGCCGCCUGCGCCGUGUGCUUCGUCUUCAUGGCCGGGGAGGUGGUAGGUGGGUAUUUGGCGCACAGCCUGGCCAUUAUGACUGACGCCGCCCACCUGCUGGCGGACGUGGGCAGCAUGAUGGGCAGCCUCUUCUCCCUCUGGCUCUCUACCCGCCCAGCCACCCGCACCAUGACCUUCGGCUGGCACCGCUCAGAGACUCUGGGGGCUCUGGCCUCUGUGGUCUCCCUCUGGAUGGUCACUGGCAUCCUCCUGUACCUGGCCUUCCUCCGCCUGCUGCACAGCGACUACCACAUCGAGGGCGGCGCCAUGCUGCUGACCGCCAGCAUCGCAGUCUGUGCCAACCUGCUAAUGGCCUUUGUGCUGCACCAGGCUGGCCCCCCCCACAGCCAUGGGUCCCGGGGGCCAGAGUACGCGCCGCUGGAGGAUGAGUCGGCACAGCCCCUUCCCCUGGGCAACACCAGUGUCCGGGCAGCCUUUGUGCACGUGCUGGGGGACCUCCUGCAGAGCCUUGGGGUACUGGCUGCCUCCAUCCUCAUCUACUUCAAGCCUCAGUACAAGGCGGCUGACCCCAUCAGCACCUUCCUCUUCUCCAUCUGUGCCCUCGGCUCCACGGCGCCCACCCUGCGAGAUGUUCUUCGCAUCCUCAUGGAAGGCACCCCCCGCAGCAUAGGGUUUGAACCUGUGCGGGAUACCCUGCUAUCCGUGCCAGGAGUCCGGGCCACCCAUGAACUGCACCUGUGGGCCCUGACGCUCACUUACCACGUUGCCUCUGCACACCUGGCCAUCGACUCCGGGGCUGACCCUGAAGCCGUCCUGGCUGAAGCCUCAUCCCGGCUCCACUCCCGGUUUGGAUUCUCCAGCUGCACCCUGCAGGUGGAGCAGUACCGGCCUGAGAUGGCCCAGUGUCUGCGGUGCCGGGAGCCCCCCCAAGCCUGAGCCGCGGUCCUGCCCUCACCCCACUGCCAGGCCCAGGACUCAGCCCCGGACUUUCAGCACCCAUCUCCCUGAUCACAGAGAAGGGGCUGAGCUGGGCCCAUACCCCUUCCUCUCUCCCUCCUUCCACCUGCCAAACUCCCCGGCCCCAGCCCCAGCCCCAGCCCCAGUGGGCAAGACCAAAGUGUGCGUGUGGGGAGUGGGCCGGCGCCAGGCUGCACAGCUGGGAGUUCAGGAGCAUGGAGGGGUGUGGAAGCCCCACAGUCCCUGCCCCCCAGGUCUUGAAGCCGUGAGCUGUGCAGUGCGCUUGUCCAGGUGGCAGGCUGGCCGGCUGGCCGGCUGGGGCUUCUGCCUGUCUGUGUGCUGUCCGUGUGCCUAUGCCUAGGGGAGGUUAGCAGGGGCCCCCUCCCCACAUGGCUCUCGCUCUGUCUAUGCAGGGGCCCCAAAGCCUGCACUUUGUCCCUGUGUCAGCCCGUGGUUUUGUCUCUGUGUGUGUGUUUCUUGGUGCUGUGGCCUGUGUGUGUCUGUGCCUGUGUGGCUGUGCUAUGGUGUCUAUGAGUGUGCUCUGUCCACAUGUCCCUUUGGGGAUGUCUGUCCAUCCCUCCGUUGGUGCUGUGCCCUCAGCCGUCCCAGAGAGGGGGAGAACUCCGCUGCAGCUCCACCAAUAAACUUGUAUCUCACCACAUCCUCUGCA